AUGGGUAAAGGAAAAAAAGGCGGUAAAAAAGCGAAAAAAGAAAUCGAUCCAAAUGCAAUAACCGAAGUGGACAAAGCUUUCUACGAGAUACAAAUCACGGAUUUGAAUAAAAAAUUAGCUAGGAUGAGAUCUCUAAAUCAAGAAUUAGAAGUAAAAACCGAGGAACUUACGGAAGAGAAAAAUAAAUUAGACGAGGACAGAAACGAUAUUAUUAUAUACCUUAAAAGAAUGUUACAAGAGAAAACCGACGAAAUUAAGGAACUGGAAGAGAGAAUCACCGCGAUGAAGGAAGCAAGAGAUAAAGACACGAUAAAAUACGAAGCAAAGAUCAACGAAUUGAAAUUCGAAUAUAAGCAAAUGCGGGAGCAACUGUUAUCUGAAAAUAAGCUGUGUGAAGGAAAAUUAAAUUCCCUCGAAGAAUUUCGAUCCCAGCGAGACGAACUCAUGAGAAAGUACGAAAUUCAAGAGGUCGCAAUAGAGGAACAAGAAAAGAGGCACAAAAGAGAAAUGUGUGAAAUCGAACGAAAAUUCAUUCUAAGUAAAGAUCAAUUGAAAAAGGAUAUGAGCUCUAAGUUACUUCAACUCUCUACGGAAUUCCACGAUGCCACAGAAUUGAGGAUAGCAGCUACGACUCAUCGAGUAAUUAGAGAAAAUAUUGCUGUUAAUAAUGAAUUGGACGUUUUGUUGAAUAAUCAACAGCGACUGUAUGGUGAAAACACGAAUCUCAAAACUAGAGAUGGAAUGUUAAGAAACCACAACGAACUGUUGCUCAAAGAAAAUAAGAUCGCGCUAGCUAAGGUACGAGUUCAGAUAAAGCUGAUCGAGCGUUUAACAGACGACCACCAGUACAUGGUAAACCAAUUGAAUAAGUACAAAUUUUUCGAAAAUGAAGUAAUAGCAAGCAGAAAUAAAAUUCAAGAACUUAACGAUAAAAUAAAGCAUUCCGAGUUUACUAAGAGGAUAUUGGAACAGAAUCUGCAUCACGUUAGAUGUGAUCGAACUCUAAUAAAAACCGAGUUCCUCUAUCUGGAACAAGAAAACAAUCGUUUACUAGAGUUAAUGUUGGAAGCUGUUAGUGCUAUUAAAGAGUCCCUAACGGUUAGAACGCAAAGCGAAAUGGCUCUUAAAAUCGGCAAACGCGAAAACUUAUUAAACUACCUCCUCUUGUUGCUAAACAAAGCCAAAGAAAAGAAAAUGAAAGUACCUUCAUUAGACAGUGUUUCGCUAUUCGAAGCUACUUACGCCAAAGGCGAUCUUGGUUUCGUUCCAAAACCAGUAGAGCUGCGCUCCUCUCCACCAGUAAGAAGACACAUGGACACCCAGACGGGCUUGAGCUUCGAAGAAUACGUAGCGACAGGCGAAAUCGCAAAAGAACAAAUGCUCUACACCGAAGACGAUGAAAGUUCGGAAUAUUUAGUUUCCGAACUGGAAGGAGAAGGAGAACUGGCUGAAGAGGAACCGCGUAAAAGUCUUCUAUUCUUCGAUGAACAGGAAGUCGUCGACGAAGAAUCAGAAGAAGGCGUUCUGGUGGUGGAAGAAGAAGAAGAAUUACCGACCAAACAAACUAAAGGAGAAUUCGAAGAAGGAAGAGCUAGCGAAACGCAAGAAGGCGAAGAAGUCGAAGAGGAAUAUACGGAGGGAGAAGAAUCAGAAGCAAGUCCGUAA